UCAGUCGGUUAGGAAUCGUUGGAGCGUUACGUUGCGAUUUCUGUCCGGAUUCGACCUGGCAAACGGUGGUGGCUCCUGUGCGCGUCGGUUUUAUCGUUGAAACAAAGGCGGAAGUAGCGGUGACCACAUCGAUUGCGUGCGAACGGUGCGUGAGUGCGUGCUUUGGUACCCCGGUACCAUCGGUACAUUGCCCUUGAGUGGCAGGAGGACAAUUGUCGGUAGUGGUGAAGAGGUGGGAUGAAUUCUGGCGCACCGGCGCCAAAUAAUUCAAGUGUGUAAUGAACGUUACCAUCCCAUCGACUUCACAUUGAGUGAUUAAACUUCAUGGACGCGUCGCGCUUGUAGUGCUGUCAUACAAACAAAAUCGGAUGACCUAAUACGGCUGCUCUUGUAGGUGUAACAUUUGGCGCAAAAACAAAAUAGAAAUCUUGUUCCGUAUGACCGGAAGCGCCGGGCGCGUCUCAAUAGAUUGCGUGCAUCAAAUUUUCCACCUUCUCCGCCACGUAUCUUAUCGCGAAGAAGAAAAACAGUCAAACAGCAGCAGCAACAACAACAACAAUAACAGAAAAAUAGAGAACUUGAGACGGAAACUCGUGAAAGUUUUCCUCUCUCUUGUCGGUAAUCGUCCAACGUGUGUCGACGGUCCUUUCCGCCAGGGACCGUGAAGUGUUUUGUUUUAUUGCAAGGCAAAGAGAAGAAAACGUGAAAAAUACGAUGGAAUUGAAGGAAACAUCGAGCGAAUAGAAAACAAGUGUAAAUUGAUAUUUAUUGUUGGUGGGAUCUUUGAGUUGGCUUGGGUGGGUUGGUGUAUGUGGAUGUUCGAGACUUCUGUGUCCACUUUUUGCUGUCGGCUCGCUUCAGAUCCUGGCUCCGUUCCCCUCUUCGACGGUGGCCUAUUAAUCCUGCCGAUGGAAGAAUAACAAUCAGUGAACUGAACACAGAAAUAGCUUUGGAGCGGGGGAGUGUGCAGCGCAAAGGUCAAACCGAAGACGUAUCUAUUGAAGAAGAUUUUUAUUUUCCGUGCAGGUUUACGUUUGCAACUAGAUUCGGACAGCUGUAGCGGAUAAUUGGGCAGUGCUAGAAUUUUCCAGCAUACAAAGUGUAUGUGUGUGUGUGCAUGUGGUUUUUGUGUAUUGUGCUAAGUCUCCUCCUAGGAUUUCUGAUUAGACAACGAACCGAGUUCACUCAGAUCAAAGGCACAGUAAGUGGAUUACCCACACGGUUGCACGUAUCGUGCAGAGAAUCAUACAAACCGCGUAGUCAAACGCAAACCAAAAUGACUACGCCACGAAGGAUCACUUCGCCCGCCAGUAUAGCGUUGGUGCUUCUUGUCGUCACGGUCAGCCUUCCCCAGCUCACAUUCGCCCGGAGUUAUGAAAAGGAAACCUACCGGAAGGGCAAAUCAGCACAAAUAUCAGCCCCACAGCCCACAAUUACCACACCGCUGGUGGAUCUCUGCUCGGAGGACAUUAACAUGAAACUCGCCUGUCACUGUUCGCCGGAGAAUCACGCCAAGGCACAGAAGGCAUCCUGUUCGAUUUUCGACGGCGAGCUGCCGCGGAAGGACACCAAUUGGCUCGCUUUCCACACUCAAACCAGCCUCGAGCAUCUCAAAUUCACGGUACGUAAGUCCGGCAAUCUGACCUACAUCCCAUCGGAUGUGAUCUUUACCCUGAAGAAACUUCGCACGUUGACCAUCGAGUAUGGUAUCAUCUCGGAUGUGCACCCGUAUGCCUUCGGUAAUCUUAGCGAGCUUCGAAUCGCAAAUCUGCCCAACAAUCAAAUCAAGACCCUGCAUCCGAAUGCCUUCGCGAACCAUGCGCAGCUGGAGGAGAUCGUACUGGAAAAUAACGACAUUAAGAAAAUCGAUCGUGAGGCGUUCGUCAAUCUGCCUCAGUUGAUCAAGCUAAACAUGGCGAACAACAGUCUCACCGAGCUGCACGACAAUGGCUUCAUCGAGUUAUCCAAGCUGGAAGAGUUGCGACUGGAACUGAACAUGAUUUCCGUACUGGCCAAGGAGUACUUCAAGGGGUUGGAGAAUUUGAAGAUCCUGAAGCUGUCCUACAAUGACGUGAACUAUAUCGGUGCGACCGUUUUCGCCGACCUUUGGAGCCUGCAUAUGCUGUUCCUGGAUAGCAAUAAAAUCGAGAAACUGGACGAGAGAGCAUUCGACGGAUUGAACAAUCUGCGUUAUUUGCACCUGGAGAAUAAUCGGAUUAUUACGCUGGAAACUGGCACGUUUACCAGUGUUUCGGCGCUGGUAGUAUUGAACCUGGACGGAAACUCUCUGGAAACGCUGAGCUACAAUCACAUCGUUCCGCUGAUUGAUAACCUGGUUAACAACAGCGCGCUGUUAUCCAUUCGAGACAACCGCUUCAUCUGCGACUGCCGCCUUGCCUGGGUAUACGAUCUGAGCAACCGCACUCGCAACGAGGACCUGAAGGAAAACUUGCACGGCAUCGAGUGCACCCUGUCGAAGAAAAGCUUCGGCAGCAGCAGCAGUGAUUCACAGCGGCAGCAAAGCCAAUUGGACAAUUCCUUCCUCCACAAUGAGUUCGACGAGGAUGGUGACUACAUCGAAGACGCGGCGCUCGACAACGAAUCCAUCGUCGAGGAGAAACCGGAAGUUGUCAAUUUGUUCAAACUUGGCAAGGAGCAUCUGCCGUGCCCCGAGGAACUGGUUGGCCCCACUGACGGGCCCAAUCCGCGUGAAUCCAAAGGCCUGCUAGAUUUGCCCUGGGGACACUCCGGUGUCAGUGCCAUCCGACCGCACGGAGCCAGUAACACGAUACUUUCCGCCGUAGCGGCUCUAGUUUCCUUCGUAGGCUUAGUGGUGAUUGCUAGUGUUAGAUUGUAAAUUUGAUAACUUAUUUUCCGCUGUGUAUGUAUUAGAUUUAAGAGAAAAAAGACAAAGAUUGGAAUGGAAUGGAACUCAUGAUUUUAAGCAUACCCCUAUGGGAGACUACGAUACCAAAAUAAGAUGUAAUAGAAAUGAGCCCCCAAACGCAAACACUCUGUCUUGAAACACUGAAAAUCACACGAGAACAACCAAAUAGCGGUCGGUUAGUAUUUUUCGUCCGCGAGAAAAUCCCCUGAUCUUUAUAGCUAUUUCUCUAUUAAACUGAUAAAAAAAUAGGUGUAAGCUAAAGUAAACAAACAAAAAUUAAAAUAGAUUCUUCUACACAAUAAGGAAAAGUGAUGACUAAGUAAGACAUUGAUUGAGUAACCUAAGAAACCAAACCGCUCCGCUGAUGGUGUAAACAAAAUAAAAUAAGUUUUAAGGAAGGGAAAACUCCGAAGUCACUUCAAAUAAGGUAAUUUAAAUACAAGAGAACAAAAAGAAAAGAAUGUAUUAGAAAAUCUACUUUUUAGAAUUAUUUUUGAUAAAGCAAUAAAAAAAAUAAUUUUCAAACCGAAAC